CCAGUUUACAAGAUCCUCCGUCUGGUGGACGUGACCCACGCAGUCGCAAAUUAGUUGAUCCGUCCAGCGCGCAGUUGACGCGGACGCUGUGGAUCCCCGAGGAAUCUGCGACCAGGUUUCUUUCCUGCACGUUGGGUUGGACUUGUUUUGCUUUCUCGGUGCGCAAUGAUGGCCACUUACCAGAACACGGAGGAUGAUGCAAUGGCUCUCAUGACCCACGACACCAACGCAGCCAAGCCGAAGGAGCGGCCGAAAGAGGAGCCGGUCCAGGAGAAGAUCUCGGAAAAGCCGGACCCCUCGCAGAAACCUCCGUACUCCUACGUGGCUUUGAUCGCCAUGGCGAUUCGGGAGAGUUCGGAGAAGCGCCUGACUCUGUCCGGUAUCUACCAGUACAUCAUCAGCAAGUUCCCUUUCUACGAGAAAAACAAGAAAGGCUGGCAGAACUCCAUCCGACACAACCUGAGCCUCAACGAGUGCUUCAUCAAGGUUCCGCGGGAGGGAGGCGGGGAGAGGAAAGGCAACUACUGGACUCUGGACCCGGCCUGCGAGGACAUGUUCGAAAAGGGGAACUAUCGGAGACGCCGCCGGAUGAAGCGACCGUUCAGACCCCCUCCGACACACUUCCAGCCCGGGAAGAGUUUAUUCGGAGGCGACGGUUAUGGCUACCUGUCACCCCCCAAGUACCUGCAGUCCAGCUUCAUGAACAACUCUUGGUCUUUGGGGCAGCCGCCCACACCGAUGACCUACACGUCCUGUCAGAUGGCCAGCGGGAACGUGAGUCCAGUCAAGGCUCUGUCCACCCCGUCCUCGUAUAACCCGUACCAGAGGAUGGCACUGCCCAGCAUGGUGAACUCUUACAACGGCAUGAGCCACCACCAUCACCCGGCGCACCCUCACCACGGCCAGCAGCUGAGUCCGGCCUCAGCCGCCCCGCCGCAGGUCUCCUCCAGUAACGGAACCGGGCUGCAGUUCGCAUGCGCCCGCCAGCCCGCGGAGCUUUCCAUGAUGCACUGCUCGUACUGGGACCAUGAGAGCAAACACUCGGCGCUACACACGAGGAUAGAUAUUUAAUAUUCACCGCCAUGAUGGACUCGCGCGAGUGAGACUAUUAACUCCUGUGAUUUCAAAAAAUAAAAAAAGAGAACCGUGAGUAUUUGAAAGAAGAUCAUUUGGGUCCAGAUGACCAAAAUAAAAUGCCAGAGGAGAAAACCGUCAGCUGGCAGGUAUUUUUGUGUUUUCUAUUAUCGUCACGGUGACAUUUCUCCGGUGCGUAACGCUAACUUUACGCGCGCCAUAUCGCAACAACAAAAACAAUGGUGUUUUACUUUGAUGUGAGUGAACCCAAACUCAUCGCAGCCUCUUUGCACCAGGAGUGGGGUCCCUUAUGUGCCUCCCCAAAUUAUGCAAAUCCAGGUCUCAUAUUCCAUAUUCUCCUGUACAAUGUAAAUUCCACUUCAGACGGUUUGUUCGUGUUUCUACUUUUUUUACUCUUAUGUUGUCUCACUUGUGCUGGGACCAUGUUUUCAUUUGAAUUAGCACUUUUUUUCUAGAUUUGUCAAUUUCUUAAUAAAAUUGUUUUAAAUAAUAGAUCGGCCGAGACGCUAUCUGUGUUGUUUUGGUUAUAUUAUAAUUAUCAUUAUUAGUCGUCUUUGCAAUCCAUUUAAAGGUAUACAGCUUGGUUGAUAGCGCGAUAUUAUUGUUGAACAACUGCCUUAUUUUUACUUUUCCCAUUCUUCCUUUUUUUAGGUGAUAAAGACGAUAGUAAUAGUGACAAGGUCAUACAUUUUAAUGUCCAAAAAUCAAGAAGACUAAAAAACAAGCUAUGAACGAUCAACACAUUGACAUAUUGUGUCGCAUUGACAUCCUUGUAAACAUCGAACCAUAAUUGCGUUCACUUACACUAAUGAAAUUCUUUUUUUUCCCUCUCCAAACUAAACCACAGUUGGUCCCCGAAGGCCUCACUGCGACCGCUUGAAAAACCUUGAUAGGAUCUUUGGAUUAAAAUGGCUUUUCCAGUGUAAACGUCGAGCUCAGCGCCCUACUGACAUUUCACGAUGAUGUUUCCACGUGUUGUCUGGCGUGUAUUCCUCAUCAUCAGCCAAACAGGGAACUCAAUAUAUUACUGAACUGUGACUGCUGGAAAAGUAAGACAGGUAAUUGCGCGAUGCGAUUAAAACUAGUCAGGUGAAAUAGUCGAGCACUUUCUCGCGCCCCUACUUUCUGAAACCGGGGAUGCUGGCGUGCCUGUCUUCGUCCGAACCUGCAUCCUAUUUAGACUUGUUUUCGAAAGACGUUCCAGUGGAAUGUUUUGCAUGCAUUCAUUUAGUGUUAUUGCCGCUACGAUUAAAAACUCAAACAAGUAAUAUGUAAUCGUCGUUACUGUUCCAAUGACAAUCGGGGUGUUACAGUGCAGACGACUCACUAAAUUACAUUUUUACUAUUUAUUUUUAGCGUCGGAUGAGCCUCUAAUCCCUAUAAACACUAUACCAACCGCAGAGAUAUAUUCAGAGUCGGGCAGAUGAUUGGUAACAUCUUUUUCUUUCCAAAUGCAUCCCAUAAGUGUGCACACAUAACAGACUAUUUUUUUUAACUCCUUUCGAAUGUCGUGGAAACUACAAAGAUAGGGACAAUUUAACAACAACAUUCCCACUAAGAAAUGUAAUUAGACUGUGUCAUGAUAGUGUUCACAUUAAAUCCCAGUUACAUAAUGGCGGCAUUCAUUUAUAUGUGUGUUUCAGGAAACGAAAGUGAGAUUCCAAGAUGGUCUGAAAUCUUCACUUUAAACAGCAAUAUUCGUUUUAUUUUAAUUUGCAGUUGCAAACAAGAAGUAAGCCAGUGUUUAACUUAAAAAAAAUAAAUUAAUUAACUAAAAUAAAACCUCACCUGUUUAAGUUUGAGGUAACGGGUAU